UGCUACAGCGAGAGUUGGGCGGCGGCGGGCUCUGCCUGAGGAAUCUCACCGACCGGGAGAAGGUGGCGUAAUGGAGGGUAUGGAAGAAAAUGGAAGUGUCCAAGUUGGAGAAUUGUUACCUUGCAAGAUUUGUGGAAGAACAUUCUUUCCAGUGGCAUUAAAAAAACAUGGACCCAUUUGCCAGAAAACUGCCACUAAAAAACGGAAGACUUUUGAUUCAAGCAGACAAAGAGCUGAAGGAACUGAUAUUCCAACAGUAAAACCUCUCAAACCUAGGCCUGAACCACCCAAGAAACCAUCCAAUUGGAGAAGAAAGCAUGAAGAAUUCAUUGCUACUAUCAGAGCUGCUAAAGGCCUUGAUCAAGCACUUAAAGAGGGUGGGAAACUUCCUCCUCCUCCUCCACCUUCUUAUGACCCGGAUUAUAUUCAGUGUCCUUAUUGCCAGAGAAGAUUUAAUGAAAAUGCAGCUGAUAGACAUAUAAAUUUCUGUAAAGAACAGGCAGCACGUAUUAGUAAUAAAGGCAAAUUUGCUACUGACAUUAAAGGAAAAGCAACUUCUCGAACACAGUAUAAGCCACCUGCUGUUAAGAAGUCAAAUUCUCCUGGAACCACAUCAGUGUCUUCACGAUUACCACAACCGAGUGGCACUAGCAAAACUGUUGUAGGUGUGCCCACAGGUAAAGUGUCUUCAGUUAGCAGCUCUUUGGGAAACAAACUUCAGACCUUAUCACCCUCUCAUAAAGGGCUGGCAGCCCCUCAUGCAGCAACUAACAUCAAACCUCGCAAUUCCACACCACCUAGUUUGGCACGGAAUCCUGCCUCAGGUGUGCUUACGAACAAAAGAAAAACAUAUACCGAGAGCUACAUAGCCAGGCCAGAUGGAGACUAUACAUCUUCACUUAAUGGUGGAAACAUUAAAGGCAUUGAAGGAAAUUCUUCUGGACACUUACCAAAAUUCUGCCAUGAGUGUGGGACCAAAUACCCUGUGGAAUGGGCAAAGUUUUGCUGUGAAUGUGGCAUUCGGAGAAUGGUUCUGUGAGUUUUAUGACUGGCUGCGUGGAGCUAGAACACUUCCUCAGUUAUUUUGUGCUACAAUUCUUCAAAAUACUUUUUUCAGCAGGUUUUAGAACAUAAUCCUUUGGCUAUGUAACAUAUGUGUGUAUAUAUUUGUAAAUAUGCUGUAUAUAAUAAAAUACCCGAUACCCCAAACUGUGCCAUUCAAGGAAAUAUUCACUUAUCUGUCAGAAAAUAAUUUUGUGUGGAAUCACUAACUUCAAUAUUAUUUUUCUGUUGUUUAGUUGAAGCACAUUAAGUGUAUUGCCACAAAUUCUAAAACUCUAAUGCUUUUGCCCUUCAAACUUUAGGAUGAUUAUUACUUUGAGAAAAAAAAAAUCAAUAAAUAUUUUGCUAUGGGUGCCUAUUCAGGUAGUAUAGUGGGAUAAGAAACUCUGAAAGGGAAAAAAGUAUUUUUGUUACAGUUAGUUAUAUAGGAUCAUUUUCCUGUAGAACUCUUCAACAAAUCAGUUUAUAUACAUAUAUAUAUUUUUUUUAAGAGAGAAAAAGAUUUGAGGUCUACAUUGCCAAUUAUUUGUUGUAAUAUUAAUUAUAUAAUUUAUAAUCUUUACUCAUUCUUCAAAAAUGUAAUUAUACAAUUUCCUUUCAAUACAAUGCUGAAAAUAUAAAUGUAUCUUAUUCUAGUUUUUAAUAACUUAAAAUCUGUUUGUAUUAGUUGAACACAUAAUUUUUCUACUUCCAAUUGUACCUCCAGUUACACCUUUUUCAUUAUCUUGCAUCUAAGAGUAGUUUCAAUUUACUAUUUCAUUUGUGUAAAGGUUGAAAAUAUAACUAUUUAAGAUGCAUACGAUUCUUUACAAAAAAAAAUCUACUUCCAUAUACCUGAAUUUAGGAAAAGAAGUGUUUUAAUGGAUUUUAAAGCAAACCACCUCAUUUAAUAAAAAUUAAUUAUGGUAGUUAAAUCAGGGCAUGCAAGUAAAAGUGCUUGGAUUUCAGUUAUUUCAAGUGUAGUUAGAUAUAGUUAAGAGUAGGUUAAGAGAAUGUCUUAAUUUUUUCUACUCAUAAUUUCAUUUUAGUGUUUAAUGAGGAAACACCUUUCACAUAAUAUGUUACUGGAAAAUGUAUUGUUUUAAUGCAUAACAGACAUGUAUUUAAACAUAAAAUUUUUAUACUUUAACUUUGACUGAAAUACAGCUUUUAAUCAUCAGCUCAGCAUGUUGUAGAUCUCUGUGCAACCAUAUUCUGUAAUUCAAUAGUAAUUUCUGUUGAAUCAAACCUAGCAGAGUUUUGACCUUACAUUUUAGGUAAUUUAUUGUUUUGUUGUUGUUUUGAUUCUGAUCAGCUAUAAAAAUCAAUGUAGAAAUUAAUGCCUUGGGAUUUUUUUCUAAAACUUAUCUUUAUAUACUUUAUAAUUUUUUAUUAGCUUUUUUUGUGUUUUCAGCUUGGGAAGAGGAUAUAAACAGUGGAAAUCAUACUUGCCAUUUUCUUAUAGUCUCUUCCCUGACUUUUUAAUUUUUUUUUUUGUUGCCUUAAAAUCUAAAGUCUUAUUGGUUAGGGAAAAAAAAAUUUCAUCAUCUAUAAUAAGCUGUAAUAAAUUCAGUAUAAUAAUGUACAGGUUAAAUUAUCAAUUUAGUAACAUGUUCUAGCCUAACACUUGUAAAUCAUAUGAAUAACUUUAAACUCUUGUUUCAUUUAGAAGCAUUAUUUUCUUUCAAAGAUUUUGUAAGACAACGUAAUUUUUAUCUGCCUAAGGAAGGGAUAGAUAAAAAUGAGUUUAAAGAAAGUGGCACAUGUUUGUUUCUCACUGAAUUUUAUAGGUUCAAGUAAAUGUAUAAUGUACCUUGUGGAGAAUGAGUUGGUAGGAAACCAUCAAAUUCCAGAGUCUAGAUAUUAUAAAGUAGGAGAAAUAUAUUUAUGAAUAAUGAAACAUUGUGAUAAUGUAUUUAAGUGCAUACCAUCACUGUCAUAUAUUGUUCUCACAUUGGUUUGUUGUGCAAUAGUUUGGUUUUUAAUAAAACUUCAGUCUAUGCAUCUUUUACCUUAAUUCUAUUUAUUUCCACAAGUACUUGCCAGUUUGAUAGAAUAAAGAAAUGGUUGUAAGCUUAAAUUUAAAAUGUAAAAAUUGCUUAUGUAUGUAUACUGAAAGUUACUAGCUUGCAAAAGUAAGGUGAUUAUGGCUGCUGUUGUGUCUUGUUCACUGUUUUAUUACAAAUAAUGUCUCAUCUUUGAACCUAUUCAAUAAAGACACGAAGCA